AUGAGAGUAUCAUCCAAAGGAACGGCUUCGGUGGUGACACGUCACGAUUCUCCCGCCACCACACCAGAGCUUUUGCUUCAUCUCCUUCCUCCUCCACUCUCCUGUGUCUUUAAUCUCCUCGCGUACACAGACAACACCAAAAUGGCUUGUUUUCGUUCGAUAGGGUCUUUACCUUCUUUCACUCAAUCUCCUCGAGAUGUCUCACGCUCAGGCAUUGUCUUGUCUCCAUGCUCUGUUCGUCCCAUCGCUCACUCCUCCUUCACCGGCUCUCCCAUCUCCCUCCCGCGGCUCCAACAACCAGCUCAAACAACCUUAAGACCGCGAAAAUCCGUCUCAGUCACGAUGAUGGUGAAGCCGGUGCUCCAAUUCAUCCAAGGCACGGACGAGAUGACGAUCCCUGACGUGAAACUGACUCGGUCAAGAGACGGAAGCAACGGAAUGGCGCUCUUUUCUUUCGACCAGCCGUCGGUUUUCGACUCGAGCGGCGAGGUCGGGGAGAUAACCGGCCUGUACAUGAUCGAUGAGGAAGGUGUGAUUCAGUCGACCGAUGUGAACGCGAGGUUCGUGAACGGCAAACCGGAAGGGAUUGUGGCCAAGCACAUUAUGCGGAGUCCUAAAGAAUGGGACAGGUUCAUGAGGUUCAUGGAGCGUUACUCUGACCAGAACGGCUUGCAAUUCGUUAAGAAGCAAUGA